CUCGAAGAGCAACAGAACAGCGGCAGUCGUCGGUUGCUAGCAGGCAGGAGCAGGCGUGACGGCAUUUGCAGUCUGGACCGAGAGAGACUUGAGUCCAGCGUCAGCGUCAAGGCUCGUUUCGGUAGUCGCCCUCUGUGUACCUCCACUUGACCAAGAUGUCGCUCAACGCGCUGGUGCUCGUACCGCUAGCCCUGGUUGUGGCGAUCGAGUACAGCAGCGCAGAGACCAGCUCCACCAGCACGACCGACAACGAGGCCCGCUCGGCGAUUGAGGAGUGGAAGGAGUGGGAUGACUGCCAUGAUAAACGAAAUUGCCGCUGGGCGACCUGCACCGAGUGCGACUCGGACUACCCGGGCGAUGAGGGCUGCAAGGACAGGUGCAAGGAUCAAUGCCGGUGCAGCUGCGCUGGAUACCAGCGCGACGGCGUGGACCCUGGUCUAUGGGAAAAGUGCAAGAAAGAGAGGAGGUGCAACGAGAAAUACAUACAGUGCACGGAGGUGGCCACAUGUCAACGGGACAGAUUGAAGUGCAUCUGCGAGUGCAUGCAGCUGACUCGUUCUCGAGCCCGUGUGGCGAUCCCCGCGAGAACCACGUGCAGUCCAGCCAAGGAGAUCGUGGAGGAGUGGGACAGGUGUACCCCAGUGUGUAGAAACGAAGAACAUCCCCUCUGGAGCGAGUGCAGCAACUGGGGUUGGCAUUGCCUGCACAAGAAGAUUUUGGACUGCGAGUGCGUUUGCGCCGGCCUCCUCGCGCGCAGCACAGAGUCCUACGAACCUACGGAUAGGUGCGAGGGUGGAUGCGGCAACAACUUAAUGUCCUGCCUUCGGGAUUUGAGGGAAACGGAGAUAGAGCGCAUCAACUGGUGCCUGGCGUACCAUAAAAAGUGCAUGUGCGCGUGCCUCCAGCAGCCCGGCGCGACGAGCAGCAACAUCGCUGCAGAGUACAAGACGACCCCCGGUGACAGGGCGGCGCUGGAGCUGUGCGCCUACGCGCAAUCCUGCCACACUGCGACCUGCGAGUGCCGCGAGGGGGAUGCAGAGUGCGUGUCCCAGUGCCGCGACAGCUGCCGGUGCGGCUGCCUGAGCUUCCCCGCGGCCGGCGGUCCGGACGUGCAGCCGGUGGGCAGACGGCUGACGGUCAACCAGUGCCGGGAUAAAAGUGACGCGUGCCUUGCGGUCUGCACGACCGGAGACAAUGACUGCAGAGACGGCUGCUUCGUGGAGAGGGAGAUGUGCAACUGCAAGUGCGCGGGACGGAGCUCACGCCCGCCACCACCCAGCCCCACCGACUCAGGAGAUAAGAACAUAGUGAUGUACUGCAACUAUCUCUCUUGAUUAAAGACAUGUUUUGACAUUAAAUUAGAGCAAAAGGACUCUUAUAGACGGCCAUUAUUGCUCGUCUAUGAAUUCUAAGUCGAUCCAUAGUGCUUGUACAAGGAGAAAAAAAUUCGUGGCUCUGCUUAGUUUUUAG